AUGCCUGGAGAUCAACAAAGCGAACCUGCUACAAAUCCAAAUUCAGCCUAUUACUUGAGCAACAAUGAUUUGAAUGCUCCCAAAUUGGUUAAUAUAGUGUUUGAAGGUAAAUGUUUCAAUGAUUGGAAACGUUCGAUGAUAAUAGCUUUAUCAGCAAGAAACAAGCUGUGUUUUGUUGAUGGUAGCUUAAAUCAGCCAGCUGCAAACUCUCUUAAUCUCAGAAUAUGGAAUAGAUGCAAUGAUUUGGUUAUUUCCUGGAUUUUAGCUUCUUUAGAACCUUCGAUUGGUAUAAGUGUUUUAUAUCUUAGAACUGCAAGGGAGAUAUGGCUUGAUCUAGAAGAAAGAUUUUGUCAAUCUUCUGGUCCACAGUUAUACACCAUACAACAGCAAUUGAGUGAUCUUAAUCAGGAAGAAAAUGAGGAGAUCUCAAGUUUUUUCACUAAGAUUAAGCUAUUGUGGGAUCAGCUUGAUGGAUUAGAUCCUACACCAGCCUGUGUAUGCACUGGAUGUAGUUGCACACUCACGUUGAAACUACUGAAAAUACAGCAGAACCAGAGAUUGAUUCAGUUUUUAAUGAAACUGAGUCAGAAGUUUGAUCACUCUAAAAGUUCAAUUCUCAUGAUGAAUCCACUUCCUACCAUUUCGAAAGCUUAUGGAUUACUGCUUCAAGAAGAGCAACAAGGAGUGUUCAUUAACAAAACACAGCCUACUGAAUCAGCAGCAUUAGCCACAAGGAGAUUCAAUGAAAAUAAUAAGCCUUACAGAAAUAUGUACACACUAGGAAACAACAAUAUCUCACACAACACAGCUGGUCAAGCUAGAAACUACAGCUACAACAGGAACAGUUUGUUCUGUGAGCACUGUAGAAUGAAGAAUCAUACAAUUGACAAAUGCUGGAAACUACAUGGUUACCCUAAAGACUUCAAGAAUAAAGGCAAAAGAGUAGCAGCAGCAGCUCAGUUGGAAGAUUAUGCAGACAAAGACAAACAAAGUGAAGAGGAUUCAGGCAUGAUACAUGCCACAUUUACUGAAGAGCAGUACAACCAGUUGAUGAAAUGA